CUCUCCAGUCUCCGCUCUCUCUCUCUCUCUCUCCGUCUCUACUGUUAGUUCAUUCCUCUGGUCUCCGAUGGCCGAUUCCUCCGGCAAGCACGGGCGUGAUAGCUCUCUGGAUUUCCAGGGAUUUUUGAAUGACAUGCAGGAUUGGGAACUCUCCCUUAAGGGAAAGGACAAGAAAUUGAAGCCGCAGGCCUUUGGUAAAGAAAAGGAGGGUAGAAGGCGGGCAGAAAAGGCUUCUGCAGCUGAUUACUUGAAGCACUAUGAUGCAGUUAACCACCUAUCUAGAAAUUUUCAGACUGAACAGAGUUUUGUGGAUGCUGCUUCAGAGAAGGAACGGGGUAAUGAGUAUUUUAAGCAAAAGAAGUUUAAAGAAGCUAUUGACUGCUAUUCAAGAAGUAUUGCUUUAUCACCAACAGCUGUAGCGUUUGCAAAUAGGGCCAUGGCCUACCUAAAGAUCAAAAGAUUUCAGGAGGCUGAGGAUGACUGUACAGAGGCCUUAAAUUUAGAUGAUCGAUAUAUUAAAGCAUAUUCACGCCGAGCAACGGCUAGAAAAGAACUUGGGAAGGCUAAAGAAGCCUUGGAGGAUGCUGAAUUUGCCCAGAGGUUGGAGCCUCACAACCAAGAGAUCAAGAAGCAACAUGCUGAGCUCAGAGCUUUUGUUGGGAAAUCGAUUCUUGAGAAGGCAUCUGGUGCUUCGAGAAGCUCCUCACAAGAUAAGGAGAAGGUUGGAAAAUCUGACUCUGAAGCUAAAAUUCAGGACGUCCAUCCUGUCUCAAGCAGCACACUAAGGACAGGAUUACAGGCAGCUCAAGAACACAUUGAAGAAAAUGUCAGGCAAAAAGCUGUUAAGGCAUCUACACGUUUACAGGAUACUGAGGACAGAAGUAUGGAAGCUGAAAUCAGAUACAAAAGAGAAGCAACAAAUGGUUUUCACAAAGAUGCUAGCCCAAGUUUGAAUUUGGGGGGAUUGGAGAGAAAUCAUGUUACAAGAAAGCAGGAACUGAAGCCAUCAGUGCAGGAACUUGCUUCUCGAGCAGCUUCUAGAAGUAUGGUUGAAGCUGCCAAAAACAUCACAGCCCCAACUACUGCCUAUCAAUUUGAAGUUUCUUGGCGAGGGUUCUCUGGUGAUUGUGCACUGCAGGCUCGUCUUUUGAAG